AUGUCGGACCAAACGCCAUCGUCCUUACUGCCUUCCGACGACACAGCGGAUGACGCAGAUCUUGCGUACUUUGCAUCUUCGCUACUAGACGCUUCUGAUGGUGAUUCAAGUUUAUUAGAAUCAACGCUGGAUGCUGCAACACUUGAUGCCGUGGACGCAGCCAUCAACGCGCCUCAAGAGCUUGUCUCCGAUAAGCUUUCAACGUCUGAUUUACUACAACAGCAAUCUCAACGUCAAUCGAAUUUGGUUGAGCCCAGUUUAGUGAAUGCUGGGUCCAGAAUGAGCUCUGAAGAUAAUCAAGAGGACAUGAGGGUAUUAAUGUGGUUCCGACGUGACCUACGUGUGCACGACAAUUUGGCGCUUUGUGCAGCUUUGAAACACAUAAAACAAUACCAAUUGAAUACUGAUAACCGCAAAAUGAUCUUUAUUCCGCUGUACAUUGUACACCGCCCUAAGAUCAUGCGCUGCGGUGUUAAUCGUUUCCAGUUUAUGCUCGAGAGCGUUUCAGAUUUGGCCAGCGCGUUAACUGCGCGGGGAUCGCGUCUCGUAGUAGCCAGAGGAGACGGAUUGCAGGUAUUAAGACGUUUGCUACCUGCGUGGCGCAUCACGCAUCUGUUUUUCGAUGGAGCGAGUGAGCCAUUUGCUAUUGAUCGAGAUAAUCGAGUAGUGGAGUUAGCAAGACGAUUAAAUGUCCGGACACAUGUGACACAAGGGUACACGCUCUACGAUCUGAAUGCAGUAAUUGCAGAGAACGGAGGUGAACCACCAAAGACAUAUACGGCUUUUUUACGUGCACUAGCUCUGCAGCCCAAGCCACCAAAACCACUCCCGACGCCCGUGAAAGUACCACCGCUUGGUCAUCUUCCAAGUGAGCUUUAUCAGCAAGUGGUGGACUAUUGGAGAAAUCGAUUAAAACCUGAUCCGUUGGCGGAUGUAAAGGAGGAAAAAGCUGAAAACAAUGGUGUUGAACAAGAAGAAAAAGAUGAUGAUCCGGAAGUGAUGAUAAAGCAACUUUUGGAGAUUGCAGGUCCAGAACAACAAUUCACGCUUCCAGAGGUAACGGACUUUGGCUUCGAGGUUCCUGAUCGUCAUCCGUUUAUCUACGGUGGAGAGCAAAUUGCACUCAGCAUUCUACGCGACUAUUGUCGCAAUGAAGGCCGCGUCGUUCGAUUUGAAAAGCCAAAGACAUCUCCAGCACAAACGACACCUUCCGCUUCGACCACGUCGCUGAGUCCGUAUUUGUACUUCGGCUGUAUCAGUCCGCGAACAUUCUUGCAUCACGUACGAGGCAUCCAAGAACUCCAUGCAAAGGCAUUAUCAGCUACACCUGUAAGCUUAGACGGACAGCUGCUUUGGCGUGAGUUUUUCCACUGCCAUGGCCGAGCCAAUCCAUAUUUCGAUAAGAUGGAGGAGAGUCCGACCUGUCUACAGAUUGACUGGCGAUUACAUAAAAUUCCAGAAAAAGAGGAAGAGAUGACCGAUGAUGAUAAGCUCGCUCGGUCGCAAUUUAACGCUUGGACUGAAGGUCAGACGGGCUUUCCAUGGAUCGACGCAAUCAUGACUCAACUUAAGAAAGAGGGAUGGAUGCAUCACUUAGCACGCCACUCGGUCGCGUGCUUCCUCACUCGCGGUGAUCUGUACAUCUCAUGGGUACGAGGACUUGAGGUCUUUCAGGAACGACUUAUUGAUCACGACUGGAGCAUUAACGCUGGCAAUUGGUUGUGGCUCAGCAGUAGCUAUUUCUUUUCAGCGUACUUCCGAGUGUACUCGCCAUCGACAUUUGGUAAGAAAUGGGACCCUGAAGGCUUAUUCAUUCGCAAAUACGUUCCAGCUCUAAGCAAAAUACCGGUAAAGUACAUUUAUGAGCCUUGGAAAGCGCCCAUGACUGUACAACACGCUGCUGGUUGUCUCAUUGGCAAAGACUAUCCGUUUCCGAUCGUGGACCACAAAAUUGCGAUGCGUCGGUGCAUGGCAGGCAUGAAGAAGUCAUACGCCAUCAAUAAGUAUGGUACACCUCCUAUCGUGCGACCGCCCAUCAGUCCCCGAUCAAAGCGUCCGCGUGAAAACUCAAGCUCUUCCGAGACGUCGGAAGAGUCGACAUUGUAA